UUUUCUUUAGCCUGCUACGAUCGACACUACUUUUCCUGAGAGGUUGCAAAUCCUUCGCUCGGGACCACCAGCUGAUAAAUAUGGAAAUCGGAAAUGUUGUGUCACUGAUUUGAUCCUAUAAUCAAGCAUAGUAGUUUAUUCUUAAGUAAAGCUAUGGUGAACUGAUAAAUCGUUCUUUAAUUUUAUUCUUUUGGUGUUGUUGUAAGUUUUUCUAUUUAUUUGUGGCAAAUAUCUGAAAGUUAUUUCCUUCUGAUAAAUCCUGUAAAGUAAAGCUGAUGUUUUAUUGUGUAAGUAUAAGUUAGUGUAAAUAUUUUAACAUGCAACGUACCGUUUUAAAAUUAUAUUGUUUUACGUCACUAAACUCCUUUGUAAUUUGUAAAAUUUACAAAAGAUCACAAAAUCACAAAAAACUGCCAAAUCGAAAAAAAACUUAUGAUAGAAAUUACAAUGCCCGCUCCGCUUCUUCGCGCACGGAAUAAUCCGCCUAGUGUGGAAAACCAGUUUUAUACAAAAACUAUCCAUUUCAUGUCCCCAGGGGAAUAGAUGGAUUGUCAGCGGUCCGUAAUUUCCGAGAGAUUUCGCGGGAAUUAUUGUCAGUGCGACCGGUUCUGUUUUUGGCUGUUUGUUUUGAUUUGUUACUGACUGGCUUAUUUGUUACCCUAAAGUCUGCGAUAAUUGAUAUGAUAGAUCAAAUAGAGUUUUUGGAGGUCUUGUUAGAAGAUAUCAAGGAACAAGAAGUUAACAAAAAGUUGAAGUCACUAUUACUUGAAGAGGAUUUCUUUUGGCUAGAAUUUCAAAAAAUUGCAGAGAAGUUUCAAGACAGUGAAGAUGCACUUCAAGAAAUAUAUAACUACUUGGAAUUAUUUAAAAAGCUACAGGAUUCAUUAAAGCCAUGGCUAGAUGUGAAAAAUGAAGUUGAACGUAAAAAGAAUUUAUUACUUAUAAAAGCAGGAUUGUUGCUGAACAAGCCACACACACUGCAUGAUACUGUAACAAAUUUGUACAAGAAAUCCUUUGAAGCAUAUAAAUAUCAACAUUGUCAAGUUUUUAAAGAAAUCGAGCAAGAUAAUGAGUUGUAUGAAGAUGAAGAUGUAGAUUGUCUCUCCUGCAAUAACGAAAAAGAGAAUUGUUGUUGUGAAGUUAUAUUGAAUCAUUUUAUUGAGUUGAACCGUAUUAUCGCAGAAUUAGAUUUAAUUGAACACCUAUCCAGUCCCGCAAUAGCUAGUGUUGUUUAUCUUCAGCUGACGCAAUUUAUUGAAACGAAUUGUAAAGGGGAAUUUUUGGAGCCAUGGUUGGAUAAAGUGUUUGCUUGGAUGAAAAAAGGAUUGAUUGCUUGGUUGAAGUUUGCCAUAGAUAGUUAUGGGUGCAACACAGUCUCUAAUAAAGAGGAUUAUUUAACAGUAGAUCAAUGGCAACCAAGACUUCAAUAUUUUACGUACAAAGCAUUUGCUGAAUUACGAAUAUCCGAAUUAUUUGAAAUAAUUGUCGAAUAUCCAGAAUCAUUACCAGCUAUAAAUGAUCUUAAGGAUUGUAUGACUAAAACAGAAACAAGACAGGCUCUUACUGAGUCUUUGCGGCAAUCAUUCGAAAAUCGUUUACUUCAUCCAGCUGUCAACACUGACGAUAUUCUUACUCAAUAUGUGUCAGCAAUUCGAACGUUAAGAGAGCUCGAUCCAGUUGGUGUUAUACUUGAAAAUGUGUGUGCCCCACUUAGAGAAUAUUUGCGGAGUCGAGAGGACACUAUCAAGUGUAUAAUCACGUGUCUCACUGAUCAGGAAACUGGUCCUGAUUUAGCCGAGGAAUUGUUUGGAACAGAUAUCGAAGUUAAGAGUACCAACGGAUCCGAUUCGGAAUCAGAUGGUGAGGACUGGAUGCCGGAUCCUAUCGAUGCUAAAACAGAUUUAUCUUCAAAAAGUCAAAGAACUGCUGACAUCAUCAAUAUUUUAGUCAACAUAUAUGGUAGUCAAGAUAUGUUUGUUUCGCAGUAUCGAAUAUUAUUGGCUGAUAGAAUUUUGACGAACUUUUCUUAUGAUGUAACUAACGAGCGACGUUAUUUGGAGUUGUUGAAAAGAAGAUUUGGUGAACAUCAUCUCCACUUUUGUGAUAUCAUGUUGAAAGAUAUUCAAGACUCUCAUCGAAUCAAUCGCCUUAUUAAAGAUGAAAUGGACAAGUCAAAUGAUAGAAAAGACAAGAAGAUGGAAAGUGACAGGGAUAAAAUGGAGGGAUGUGACGAUGACAAAAAGGAGGAUGACAAAGAAAAUGAGGAAUCCAUUGAAUUUAAUUCAUUUAUCUUAUCAAGUGCAUUCUGGCCAACUUUGUCAGAAGACACCGUCGAGCCUCCACCAAAAGUAAAAAGUUUAAUGGAUACAUAUACAGAAAUUUUUAAACAGUCGAAAGGUAUGCGCACGUUAGAAUGGUUUAAUCAUUUGGGAAGCGUGGAGUUAGAAGUCGAACUCGAUGACGGUGUAAAGAGCUUUAAUGCCACUCCUGCACAAGCCACAUUGAUAUUAAAAUUCCAGGAGAAAGGGGAAUGGAAUCUAACAGAUUUAUCUAAAGAAAUGAAUAUAACCAAAACAUCUCUACGAAGCCGCAUUGCAUUUUGGGUUGGUCAAGGUGUGGUUAUUGAGAAACAAAAUGAUGUUUACGGAGCUGCACAAUCCUUCCAAUCGCACAUGCAUGAAGCGUCAAUGUAUGAAUCUGAUGACGAAGCAGUUACUACAUCCUCUCAAAAUCAAAAAGAUGAAGAACUACAGGUGUACUGGUCGUACGUUGUUGGGAUGUUAACAAACAUCGGAAGCUUGCCACUUGAGAGAAUCCACUCCAUGUUGAAGAUGUUCGCUGUGCACGGGGAAGCUUCAUCACAGUGUUCCGUUGAAGAAGUUAAAACAUUUUUACAAAGUAAAGUCUCCGAUGGCGAACUGCUUUACGUUGGAGGAAUGUAUAAGCUACCAAAAGUUACAUAACCGAAUUCUUGUGACAUAUUACCGAACGUGCAUUCUUCAGUUUUUCGCCCAUUUAUGCAUCGCCCAUUUAUGAUUGAAUAUGGUUUAGCCUAAGAACUUUCUUAGUACACUUUACUCCUCCGGUGUAGAGACAAGUACUGUUGUAGUGUUAUGGUUAUUUGCAUUGUUUAUUAUUUAUUGCAAGAAAUGUAUAAGUACUUUAAGGGUGGAAAGUUUCGCAAGGAUAAAAAGCGAGAAAUUUAUAGCA